GGCAUCGCCGACGGCUCGCGUGCGGCACACGCCACGUUGGAAGACUUGACUUGACGGGUCGUCGUCGCAUCUUACCGGAGUAACCGGAAUCCCGUCUGACCGAAGAACUUUCUUGUUUACGGCCACCCAGACACGAGCCAAGAUGAAAGUCAAAGAGCUGCUGAAGACGGUGAACGUGGCAUGGUCGCCGCCAGCUCAACAUCCCAUUAUGCUGGCUGCUGGGACAGCGGCGCAGCAGUUGGACUCUAGUUUCAGUACUUCUGCCAGUUUGGACCUGUACUCUCUGAAUCUGCAGCAACCGGGAUAUGAAAUGGAGCUGCAGGCCAGCGUUCCUAGCGAUCACAGAUUUCACAAAAUUAUCUGGGAAUCCUAUGGAAAUAAUCCAGCAGGCAUAAUUGUCGGUGGUUGUGAGGAUGGGACAAUAAAAAUUUAUUCCGCUGCAAAGUUAUUAGCCAGAGACAGUAACUGUCUUAUAAACAGUCCACACAGGCACGCAGGUCCUGUCAGAGCAAUGGAUUUUAAUUCUUUUCGAGAAGAAAAUCAACUGGCUACAGGUGCAACAGAAGGUGAAAUCUAUAUUUGGGAUAUUAAUACAAAUAUGCCAACAACCCUUUCUGCCAGAAACCAGCAGUCGGAAGACGUUCAACACAUUGCCUGGAACAAACAAGGACAUUUAAAAGAUAUUCUUGCUUCCACAUUUUCACAAUACUGUGUUAUAUGGAACGUGAAAGAAAAGAAGCCAAUAUUCAAAUUGACAGAUGCAAAUUCGAGGGUACGUUGGAAAGUUGCCCAAUGGCAUCCAGAUAUUGGAACACAAUUGUGCUUAGCAUCUGAAGAUGAUCAAACACCUAUCAUUGAAUUAUGGGACGUGAGAGUUCCAACGUCACCUUUAAAAACUCUACAAGGUCAUCAACGUGGUGUUCUUUCAAUUGCAUGGAACCCACAGGAUGCUGAUUUACUCCUGAGUUGUGCCAAGGAUAACAGAAUCUUAUGUUGGAAUCCCAACUCAAAUGCAUUGAAUGGUGAGGUGAUAUGUGAAUUAGCCCAAACAGCUCAGUGGAAUUUUGAUGUAUCUUGGUGUCCAAGGAAUCCAGGAUUAAUUGUUGGCAGUAGUUUUGAUGGUCACGCUGUUGUAUAUUCUGUAUUAGGUGGACAACAGCAAGAAAUGUCUAACAAAAUAGGGGAUUCAUUCCCAGGAAUGGAUCCUUUCACGCAAUCGACAGUACAAACGGGAACGACGGCAGUAUUGACGAAAGCUCCUAAAUGGUUAAAAAGACCAUUUGGAGCGUCAUUUGGAUUUGGUGGUAAAUUAGUGAUUUUCGAGAAUCACCCUGCUGAUCCGAAUUUAGGGAAAAAAGCGAAUAGAAAAGUUAUUAUAUCACAAGUAAUUGUACAACCCAGUCUUAUUCAACGUUCGAACAAAUUAAAAGCAACACUGGAAACUGAACAAUUCAGUGACUUUUGUAAGGAAAAAAUGGAUAAGUCUCCAGACGAACAUACCAAGAAAGUUUGGAGAUGUGUACGUGCUUACUUUGAUGAAAAUGUAACAAAGAGUAUGUUGGAGAUUUUGGGCUACAAUAUUGAGACAAUGAAUAAUAAGCUGAAUCAGUUUGUGCCUCAGAAUGAUAUAAAUAAUAUCGUAGAAGGUGUCUCUAAUCUUAAUAAUGUAUUAAAUGGAAAUGUUAUGGUUAGUAGUACUGCAUUUGACACUAUUGCACAAGAACAAAGCAAAAAAGCAUCAUCAAAUAAAUCUGCAGAUAGUACUUACAUCAUAAAUACUUCUGAUGAUGAAGAUGGUCUUAUAACACAAGCUAUCCUCUUAGGAAACAUCGAGGCCGCUGUAUCUUUAUGCUUUGCUAGCAAGAGGUACGCCGACGCUAUAAUCCUUUCGAUGGCCGCUGGUCCUGAAUUACUAGCACGUACCCAAUACAGAUACUUUUUAGAGCACUCUAGUGCAUUAAAUUCUCUUAUCAAUUCGUUAGUUAGUGAAAAUUGGGUAGAAGUUGUUAACAACAGUGAUAUAAAGUGCUGGAAAGAAGCACUAGUUGGUAUAUUUACACAUUCCAGUACACAGGAACGAUCUGCUUUGUGCGAUAUGCUUGGUGAUCGCUUGGUGUUGAGUGAAAAUCCCGUUCUUAAAAAACAAGCACAAAUCUGUUACAUUUGCUCUGGCAAUUUGAAUAAAUUAAUCGAAGUAUCCGAUGCUGACAUUCAAGAAGUGGUAGAACUGGUCGUAAUAAUGCAGAAAGCUUUGGAACUCCAAGGUAUCAGAGAAAUUCAGAUAGAGGAUAAAAUUGCUACUGUGCUGUCACAAUAUGCUGAGAUGCUGGCAGCAGAGGGCGAUCUAGAAACUGCCUUGAAUUAUCUUGGAAAUAGUCAAGAGCAAAGAAUUUCGAUGCUAAGGGAUCGUUUGUGUAAAGCUUUAAGUUACAUGCAAGAUCAGAGACAUGUUACAACAAAUCCUACACCUCAGAAUUACUAUUAUGAACAGACACGAAGAGUGUCACAAGGCCCAUGCAAUCCUCUGCAGCAGCCAUUACAACAAACAACACCUGCACAAAACUGGAACACAACUCCACUGAAACAAACUUACGGAGCCCCGAUAAAUCAGUUCGGCGCUCAGUCUCAAUUAUAUGGAAUGCCUCCUCCCCCUCAACCUCCAACACAGUCUACAAUUUAUGAUCAAUAUCCUACAUCAUCACACCCGUACAAUCAAGUCCCAGUAGCGCAGCCUCUUCCUCCGCCUCCACCGACAUCCAGUUCUAAUUUGAGUGGCUCGAGACCAUCCAGCGUCGGGCCACAAUCAAGAACGAAAUAUCUGGUAGAUCCGUCUGUGAAAUCCACUCAGUCAUAUGGUCAGAGUACUUUCCCACUUUCGUCAAAUCCAAUGUACAAUUCUCAACAAGUCCCACCUGUCCCUGGUUACUCUCCACAAAAUUCGUAUCAACCUCAAAUUCCUAUGUCGAGUAACAUCUAUCCGAAUCAACCAUCAAGUUUUAUGACUCCUAAAGAACCAGAACCAUAUAAGCCACUACAGCCAACCAUAAUGACGCCGAUGCAAAAUGUGCCACAGACCCAAAUGUACGAUCCUGUUAGAUCUCAACCUACUUCUCAAAUACAUACGACAUAUGGAGGCGAAAGUACGUAUCCAUUACCACCGCCGUCAUCUGGAUGGAACGAUCCACCCAUUGCGAAAAAUUCCAGAGCACAGCCAGUACUGGCACUAUACAACGAAAUGUCUGCGGAGCAUUCUGGUACUAGGAAGUGGAAGGCAAAACAUUCAAAGGGUGUAGACGUUAAGCUGAAGACAGAUUAUCAAGCACAAAAUCCAAUAAUGCAGCCAUUGCCAAUUAAUCAACCGACUAUACCAGAACCAGGUCCUUUACCUCAGGACAAUUUCUAUCAGGAACCUCCCGCAAUUUAUAAUCCACAAUUCAGACAAGGUGUGUCGAAUACUAUACCGCUUAACAAACCAGUUGAAUCAUUGCAACCUGCUAUGCCUGCGAGAGUGGCGGAACCUGAGAAACCUAAAGCACCUAUACCUGAGCAACAUGUGCAUUUAAAAACGAUAUUGGAUGAAUUAAAAAAUCAAUGCUAUGAAAAUGCAAAAAAUCCACAAAUCAAAAAGAAGAUAGAAGAUGUGUCAAAGAAAUUGGAAGUGCUAUACGAUUGCCUUAGAGAAAAUAAGUUAUCUCAGAAUACUUUGCAAGGCUUACAUCAGAUAUCACAGAUGAUUCAAAACGGCAAUUAUACAGGCGGAUUAGACUUACAUACGCAAUUAGUAUCAGGACCAGAUUUUAGUCAAAUAGCUUCCUUCAUGCCCGGAAUUAAAGUAUUACUUCUAAGUGCCCUUCAAUUGAGCGUUUACAUUAGAUAGAAUGCCCAAAAAUCUAAAUUGUUCAUAUAUUCAUGAAUUUUUAUAAUUCAAAACAGCCUUAACAAGAGAAUUAUUUGUUAUAUUAACUUUGUAUGAUUAAUAGCAAGUAAUUAAUAAUUUUAGCACAUCAUCUAUAAUCAAUUACGUAUCAUUUGUCAAUUAAAUUCUAUAUGCUUUGCUUUAAAAGCUAUAUUUUAUCAGUUAUUAGAGGAAUUUUACAUUAUUUUGUUAAUCAUUAAUCCUAUUGUUAACGAUACAUAUGUAGAGAAGUAAGAUAUUUAUGGAAGACGUCCAUAUAAAAGAUUUUACGGGCAAAAUGUUAAUAAAAACCUUGUUUUAAUUAAUUGUAUGUAUAUAUAAUUAAAUAUUAAAAUCUAUUACGAGAAAAUCAAA